CCCCCCCCCCACCCCCCCCCCCCCCCCCCCCCCCCCUCCCCCCCCAUCCCCUCCCAAACCAACCCCCCCCCACAAACAUCCCCCCCCCCCCCCUCCCUCCCACCAUCCCCUCAA